AUGCGGUGGCAUAAAGAAAAGUGUGUAGAUGAUGGUAACACCAUGAGGCAUCCGGCAGACAGCGAAGCAUGGAAAGAUUUUGAUAAAUUAUAUCCAGAUUUUGCUCAUGAUCCUAGAAAUGUCAGGUUUGGCCUUGUGACUGAUGGUUUCAAUCCUUUUGGAACCAUGACAUCGACUUAUAGCAUUUGGCCCGUUUUUAUUGUACCAUAUAAUCUGCCUCCCUGGAAAUGUAUGAAAGACCCAUUCUUUUUCAUGUCAAUGUUGAUUCCUAGUCCUAAAUCCCCGGGAAAUGAGAUCUGUGUCUACAUGGCACCUCUAAUAGAUGAGUUGAAUGAAUUUUGGGAUGGUCUAGAAAGUUAUGAUGCACAUACUGGUCAGAAAUUUACCAUUCGUACUGCUUUGCUUUGGACUAUAAAUGACUUCCCUGCCUAUGCUAUGUUAUCUGGAUGGAGUACUAAAGGGUAUCAGGCUUGUCCAAUUUGCAUGGCAGAAACAUCCUGUAUGCAUUUGAAACAUAGGAAAAAAUUAUGCUACACAGGCCAUCAUCGCUUCUUGCCUAUUGAUCAUCAUUGGCGUAGAGAAAGAAAGCCAUUUGAUGGUAAAGUAGAUUUUAGGAAUCCUGUUAUUCCCUUAUCUGGAAAAGAAGUUCUGAAACAACUAGAAAGAAUUGAGAUACAGUUUGGGAAAACUCUUCAGCAAAUCAAGGCAAGGAAGCGCAAACGUGAUGCUAGUGGGCUUAAUUGGACAAAGAAAAGUUGCUUUUUUGAAUUACCUUAUUGGUCAAACCUAAAAUUGCGGCAUAAUUUAGAUGUCAUGCAUAUAGUGAAAAAUAUAUCGGAGAGUGUCUUUGCUACUAUUAUGGAUUUUGAUGGCAAGACUAAAGACAACUGGCAGUGUCGCAAUGAUUUGAAGGAGUUAGGUAUCAAAAAAGAGUUGCAUUUGAUUCAGAAUGGUGAUGUUUACAUCAUGCCUCAUGCUUGCUACCAGCUAUUUAAAGAGGAGAAGAAAAAAGACUGUGAUUUCUUAGCUUCCAUCAAAUUUCCGGAUGGCUUUGCCUCUAAUAUAUCUCGAUGCAUAAAGAAUGGGCAAUUCCAGCUUUCCGGAAUGAAGAGCCAUGACUUUCACAUUUUCAUUCAACGAAUACUCCCAUUUGCAAUUCGUGGAAGCUUAACUAAAGAAGUUCGACAAGUGCUGUUUGAAUUAAGUGAUUUGAUUAAAAAGUUGUGUGCUAGAACAUUGCAUAGGGAUGUUCUACAAGAGUGUGAUAGCAAAAUUCCUGUGAUUAUGUGCAAAUUAGAGAGACUAUUCCCUCCUGCCUUCUUCGACAUAAUGCUACACGUGCUGGUUCACCUACCUGCCGAAGCAAUUCUAACUGGCCCAGCUCAAUAUCGCUGGAUGUUCCCAUUUGAGAGGAAAAUGGGAAUACUUAAAAGUUAUGUGCAGAAUAAGGCUCGCCCAGAGGGGUGUAUUGCCGAGCGGUACAUAGACAAAGAAUGCUUGACAUUCUUCUCUAUGUAUUUGGAUAAUGUCGAGACAAUAUUCAACAGGCCCGAGCGUAACAACGAAAGAGUUGACAAAAACGGGCAGCUAUCAAUAUUUUCAGGAUCUGCUCGUCCAUUUGGAGGGUCUAAACAUCGGUAUUUACCUGAUUCAGAGCUAGCAAAGAUCCACUCCUUUUUGCUAAAUAACUGUGAUGAGCUCGAUGACUAUAUCAAUGAGCAUAAAACCUUGUUGGAAGCUGAAUGCACUGAAAAUGUGAUUCAACAGCAUGAUAAGGAGUUUGCUACAUGGUUCAAAGAACGUGUGUUAUAUGGUUCCCAACCCUGGAAUGAUGAAUUUCGCUCAUUGGCCUUAGGUUUAGACAAUAGAAUUUGUAUGUAUACUAGUUGCAUGGCUAAUAGGUAUAGAUUUCACACUGAAGAUCGUGAAAGAGAGAGAAAAACACAAAAUAGUGGCAUCGUAGUGAAAGGCGAGCAUGAUGAUACAGCCGGCAUGCAAAUAGACAAGGAUUGGGGUAUCACAAGUGUGAAUUCAUCAAGAAGAUGGUAUGAAGACCAACCUUAUGUCCUUCCUCAACAUAUGGAACAAGUAUUUUAUAUUGAAGACCUGAAAAUGGGUAGAAACUGGUAUGUAGUUGAGAGGUUCGGUCCAAGAAACUGUUAUGAUGUUCCUGAACAUGUGGACAAAGAGGCACUGAGAGGAACUCAACAAGCUGAUGAAGACUUUAUUGAUGACAGUGACAUUGGGGACCCCAACAGUUGCGAUGAUGACGAAAAUGAGGAUAUUCUUAGUGACAAUGACACAGAUUCUAGUUAG